CCCACCGCAGUGACGUCAAUUCCGGUUCCGGAGGGCGCUCCGGACGCUGAGGACAUGGCGGCGCUCAGAGGGCUGUCCCGGCUGCUGCCCGCCGCCCCCGGCUCGGUGCCGGCCCGGAGGAUGGCGGCCGCGGCGGCGCACGAAGGCGGCGGAGCCCGCCUCUGGAAGACGCUGAGCUUCGUCGUGGCGCUGCCCGCGGUCGGUGUCUGUAUGCUGAACUGCUACCUGAAGGCGCAGCACGAGCACAAGCGGCCCGAGUUCAUCCGCUACGCCCAUCUCCGCAUCCGCACCAAGCCUUUUCCCUGGGGUGAUGGGAACAAAACUCUAUUCCAUAACCCUCAUACAAAUGCUCUCCCAACCGGUUAUGAAGAUGAAAACUAAAAUCUCAACCACAGCCACAACUUUGGCUCUUCUUGUGUUUGGACCAGGCUGUUCUGUGGGAACCAUCACUUAAGAAGAUCUGCAUUCCUUCUACAGUCAAAUUGAAUGGUGGUCUGGUCUCCACCAGUAUUUCUGUAGAAGUCCUUUAAAUAAACAGUUCCAAGCCUGAA